AUGGACACCCCCCACGGCGCCCGGCCCUGCGAUCCGGAGGAAGACCUGUGCUGCGGGUGCCUGCCGCCCGCGCUGCUGCCGCGAUGGAUGCGGACGGGCCUGGCGCCCGCGGGCAGCCCCACGUACGCCCCGCCGCUGGUGGUGUCGCCCAACGACAGCUUCGGGUCCCCCGGGCAGGGCGCGAGCGAGGAUGAACUGGGGCGGUUGCUUAACCCGGCAGCGGGGCGGCCGGUGGGAAAGCUGGUGCCCGCGCGGGUGGCCAGGGAACUGGAGGGCGUGGCGCAAUCGGGGGGCAACGGGUCCGGCAAGCACAAGCACAGGUCGGGCAAGGGCGGAAAGAGCGGGGAGUCCAGGAGGCUGGGUGGGCGGGCGUCCAACUCGGAGCGGGGGCCGGGCGCCACCGAUGACGACGACGACGACAUCUGCCCCACCUGCCUGGAGCCGUACCCCGCGGACAACCCGAAGAUUUUCGCGGCCUGCGGCCACCACUUCCACCUGUCGUGCAUCUACGAGUGGCUGGAGCGGUCGCGGACGUGCCCCGUUUGCCUGAAGCCCAUGAAGUUCGAGGAGCAGUCGUGA